AUGAAUGCCAGGCUAACGAAAGGAAAGGGUGCAGGGGAUUUGUAUAGAUGUGUAUGUCGAUUGAUGUCAACCCAUGAAAAUCCAUUUGGUAUAAAAGGUGAAAAAAGAACUAAAGAUGAUCUUCAAAGAGAAAGAAUGUCUAGAGGACUUCCAAAGAAAUUACCUAUACCAGGAGUAAAAUAUGUCGUGGUGGUAGCCUCUGGAAAAGGUGGUGUUGGAAAGUCCACUACUGCAGUAAACCUUGCACUAGGAUUGGCUGCUAACAAUCCAAAAUCACAAGUUGGAUUGCUGGAUGCUGACAUACAUGGCCCUUCUAUACCUUGUAUGAUGAACCUACAGGGACAGCCGGAACUAAACAAACAAAAUCUUAUGAAACCGCUGAUGAAUUUUGGCAUCAAAUGUAUGUCAAUGGGAUUUUUGGUGGAUGACAAACAGGCAAUUGUUUGGCGGGGACCAAUGGUGAUGUCUGCAGUGCAAAAACUUCUGAGGCAAGUAACAUGGGGUCCUCUGGAUUACCUAGUGGUGGACAUGCCUCCUGGAACUGGAGACACACAGCUCUCACUAUCACAAAACAUACCUAUCUCUGGUGCACUAAUAGUAUCCACGCCCCAAGACAUAGCCCUACUGGAUGCUCGGCGAGGUGCAGAAAUGUUUCAUAAGGUGGAUGUUCCAGUGCUUGGACUUGUUCAGAACAUGAGUGUUUACAUAUGUCCAAAGUGCGGCCAUGCAGAACACAUUUUUGGACAGGAUGGAGCUUCUACCAUAGCCUCUGAUAUGGGUCUAGAUAUUCUUGGAGAUGUGCCUCUCCACAUCUGUAUUAGGGAGGGAAGUGACCAGGGUCAGCCAGUGGUGGUGUCAAAACCUCAGUCUUCACAGGCUCUCGUUUACAAACAGAUCGCAGCACAAGUCACAGAAAAACUAUCCACAAUGGCUCCAAUAGAUCAGUCUUCACCACAGAAUAAAGACAAAACGUAACGAGCAAGGAAACGACAACCACUUAUUUAUAUGUU